AUGGGCGGUGGAAAGCGUCACUCCUCUGCCACCUCCACCUCCGGGAAGAAGAGUAGGCCCUCUCCCAGUCCCCCCUUCACCGCAGAGGACCUCAUGCCUGUCCUCUCCCUCCUCGCCUCCGCCGUCUUCCUCUCCCUCCGCUUCCUCUCUGACACCGACCUCCUCCUCCUCCCCUCCCAAACCCUGUCCCUCGAAUCCUCCCUCUUCUCCGCCUCCUUCUCCCUCUCUCGCCUCCUCUCCCUCCUUCCCUCCAGUUCCCUCCAAUCCCUCAAAACCCUAACCCUAGAGCCCUCUCCUUCAUCUUCUUCCUCCUCUUCUUCUUGGUUCCUUCGCUUCCUCUCCUCCUCCUCCUCCCAUGGCUUUGAUCCUCGCUGGAUCGAAGUUUUUCGCAUGUCCAAGCCUUCCUUCUACCUCCUCCUCCAGCAUCUCUCCCCAUCCCUCCUAUCCGAUCCUUCCUCCGGCCCGUCGGACCACAAGCUUGGCACCGCCCUCUUCCGCCUCGCCCAUGCUACCCCCUUCCACAGCGUCGCUCGCCGCUUCGGCCUCCCAUCCCCCACCGCCGCCUGCCGCGUGUUCUACCAGGUCUGCAAGGCUGUCACCGACCAGCUCGGCCACCUUUUCAAGCUCUCCUCCGACCUCCAGCGCGUCGUCCAGGGGUUCACCUGGAUGUCCCUCCCUAAUUGCUGCGGCGUGCUUGGCUUCGCCCGGUUCUCCAUUGAGGGAGAGUUGAAAGGGGGGUCGAUGGCUUCGCCCGAUUCUCCAUUAAGGGGGAGUUGA